AAGUAAACAAAAUUUUGACCCGGACAUUUUCAUGGUUAUGGCUCCCUCGAUCAAUGCCAAUAACGGCUCUUCUCAGCCCCAGCUUACUUUAAGCAAUGGAACUAUGCUGAAAUUGAAACCAUCGAGGAUAUUCAAAACUGCCGUAGAGAAUCCAACAGUAUCUCCUGGACGACCUUCUUUCGGCCCUCGACAUAUUACUGGUAUAUGCUUCGAUGAUAGAGGGGAUCAGCUACUUACUGCGGCUGAAGACGAAACGUUUCGAUUGUACAAUUGCAAAUCUGGCAAACACUUGAAAACGCUUCAAUCAAAGAAGUAUGGAAUAGAUCUGCCACGAUUCACACAUAAAAGCACGGCCAUAAUUCACGCCUCAACAAAAGAGGACGACGGAAUACGCUACCACUCAUUGCAUGACAACAAAUAUCUUUCAUAUUUUAAAGGUCACAAAGGACGUGUAAUAUCGCUUGAGGUGUCGCCUGUGGAUGACGGAUUCAUGUCUGGCUCCCUGGAUAAGACUGUGCGACUGUGGGAUUUACGCGCACCAAACUGUCGGGGUUUACUCACUCUUCCUGCACCUCCGGUCAUAGCCUAUGAUGCUUCUGGCUUAGUCUUCGCCGUCGCUGUCAAUCAUUACUCCAGAAUACUUUUAUAUGAUCAGGCAAACUACGACAAAGCACCCUUUCUUGUCAUCACGCUUGAAGACCUUACACUAACCCUCAUCAGUUAUCCACCGAGACCUAUAUAUAUGACCUCGCUUUCAUUUUCAUCCAAUGGAAAAUAUCUCCUGGUUGGAUGUUCCGGGGACGCACAUUAUAUUCUCGAUGCAUUUGGCGGUCAUCUGAUCGCAAAGCUAGAAGGCCAUGUCGGGCUUGAACGACGGUCGGUUGCAGCUGCACUUACUAUUCAACCUGACAAAGGAUGUAGUGGCGAAGAGGUUUCUUGGACUCCGGAUAGCAAAUUCAUCGUAGGUGGAAGCUUGGACGGGAAAGUACUCGUUUGGGAUGUCCAAGAUCUACAGGUUCCACAAGGUCCCGUGAACUUGAAGACUGCCCCGCGACAGAUAUAUCCUUUGAUCGCUCACGAUGGUCAUCCUGGAAUUUCUAGAUGUGUCAAAUUUAAUCCCCGACAUGGGAUGAUGGCCACAGCUGGAGCAGAAUUGGCAUUUUGGUUACCAGAUACGGCGCCAGAAUCUGAGGAGGUUGCCCGCGAUCUUCUGAAGAGGAAAGCAGCAGCGUAGAAUACAAGUCUAAAUGUACUAAUUAAUAAUACAUUGCACAUAAUGAUUCAAU